AUGGAUGAAAUUAACUCUAAUGUCAACAAAAAGAUACCUACUAUUGGUAUCUUUGUUGAUCUAAAAAAUGCCUUUGAUACGGUUAACCAUGUCGAGCUUCUGAAAGUUAUGGAAAGAUUGGGAUUUAGGGGAGCUGUAUCAAAAGCGGGUCAUAUUGCACCAAUUCCUCUUAAUGGGCAAAGAACUGUUACUGCGGAUUGGUAUACCAUCAUUUGUUUGCCAAAAGUCAUCACCGAGCUUCGAAAAAUCAACCCCGAAGGAAGAAUCAUCCUCCACCAAGACAAUGCAAGCUCGCACACAGCCCAAAAAACAAGGCAUCUUAGCGAUUUCUUUACUUCCCCGAAAAUUAAAAACAGACUGCGUGGUCAAAGGUUCCAGUCACCAGAAGAACCAUGGAAGUGCUUCGAAAAUUGGUUCCAGCGCAUGCAGAUGCGACGUGGUGAAAGGAGGAAUCCACAGUUUUUUGUUGAAAGACGUGUUCAUCACACUGUUGGAGUUAUGGUUUGGAGUGCUAUAGCUUAUGGUUCCAGGUCACCUUCAAUCUUCAUCAGAGGUAACAUGAACGCGCAGCAUUAUAUCCACGAAGUUCUAGAACCCCAUCUUUUACCCUAUCUUGACACCCUGGCAGAUCCAACUUUCCAACAAGAUAAUGCCCGACCACAUGUUGCAAGAGUCACAAUAGACUUCUUUCAACAUAAUGAUGUCACAUUGUUACCAUGGCCACCAAGAUCUCCCGACUUAUCCCCAAUUGAGCACGUGUGGGAUAUGAUGGGUAGGAGAUUGCUCAAUUUGCAACGUCCUCUUCAGACUCUAGAAGCACUUCGAGAGGAGUUGGUGGUUACCUGGAAUGAGAUACCACAGGAGGACAUUGACCACCUGAUCAGAAGCAUGCCUAGGCGCGUUGGCGAAUGCGUAGCACAUCAGGUAUAUAAGAUCGAGCGCGAGGAGAACGAGGCAUCAACCAUCAAAGAAAUUGUUGUGAAGGUUUCUCACAAAGUUGGGGUGUGUCGCGCAUCAGUGUUUAAUGUGUUAAGACAAUACAAAAAAAAUCACACCUUUUCUGAGCCAAUGACCAGUAAACAUCGCAAAAGUAUUGUUAAAUCAUUGGAUGAAGCUGAUAAGCAUGCGAUUAGGAGGAAAGUGCAUGAAUUCUUCUUUAGGAAUGAAAUACCUACUAUAGAUAAAGUACUGCAGGAGGUAAAUGGAGAUACAACGUUGCCAAAUUUCAAACGAUCAACUUUCCAUGCGUUACUGAAGCAUUUAAAUUUCAAAUGGAAAAAACGGGGUCGUAAUAGUUUACUACUGGAUAGAGAAGAAAUUAUAAUAAACCUUGAUGAAACGUGGGUAAACGCAGGACACACUACAAGUAAAGUAUGGGUUGAUGAUUCUGUAACUUCAUCCAGGAGGGCCUUUCUAGAUGGACUGUCCACCGGAUUAAAAAAUCCAGCAGUACUUCGAUUUCCAGGUAAAGGGAAAAGGCUCAUUAUCUGCCAUAUUGGCAGUGAGGAUGGAUUUGUUGUUGAUGGUCUGUGGUGCUUUGAGUCUAAGAAAACUAGAGAUUACCACGAGGAAAUGAAUGGCGAAUCGUUUGAACAGUGGUUUUCAAAAAUUUUACCGAACUUAGAGGAAAACGCAGUAAAUGUGUUGGAUAAUGCGCCUUAUCAUUCUCGAAGAAUGGAGAAGGUCCCAACAACGGCUUCAAGGAAAGUUGAUGUUCAAAAUUGGCUCCGCUCGAAAAAUAUCAACUUUGAAGAAGCAAUGCUGAAAGUACAAUUAUUAAGAAUUGUCAAGGAUCACAAGGCGGAAUAUCAAAAAUACGCCAUUGACGAAAUGGCAGCAAGUCAAAAUAAAACUGUGCUCCGUUUACCUCCAUACCAUUGCGAGCUCAAUCCCAUUGAGCUCAUAUGGGCAGAGGUUAAAAAUUAUAUAGCUAAGCACAAUACAACUUUUAAAUUUUGUGACCUCAAAGGACUUUUCAAAGAAGCACUAGAAUUAAUAACAGCGCAAAAAAUGGGAAAACUAAUGUGGGAACUGGACAAUAUUUUAGAGGAACAAGUCGAGCCAUUCAUUAUUGACGUUGGUGCUUCAGGCAGUAGCGAUGAUGAAAGCUCAUCAAGCUCAUCUUUCCAAUAA